GUAAGUAAGAAUGAAUACACACAUCGAUAUUUGGAGAGACUUGUGGGAUAUGAGAAAAUUGUCACGAGUCAAUAAUCCUAUGGAAGAACAACGACGCAAUAGACAGUUGUUAUUUGGAAACAACAAUACUAGAAACGCAAGUAGUAAUUCUACGGGUAGAGACCAAGCAGAGCAGUUAUUUGAACAAGAGAACAAUCAAGCGUGGGACCAACUACAUGGAAAAGUGGGUUCUCUUAAGGACAUUGCACUUCAGAUAGGUCAAGAAGUAAACUCCCAAAAUCAGUUUUUGGGCAAUAUGACGACCUCUUUCGACUCUGUGGGAGAACUUUUGAGUGGUACAGUUAACCGUCUCCAAAGAUUGGUUUCUGAAAGAACGGGAAGACAUAUGUGUUAUCUUAUUUUGUUUAUAUUUAUUUUCUUUCUACUUGUCUAUCUGUUUUUACGUAACUGAAAGUUUAUAUUAUGCACAGCUGUUCAAAGUACCAAGUUGCGAAGGGAUUUGAGAGUAAUCUUUUCAACCUUGUGGUGCUAUUGCAGUAACUUUUCAUAGUAUUGAAACAAGUUUUUUGUUGAUGUGAUUUUAUAAACGAACAUUAAAAUAU